CUGAUUUUAGAAAACACGAAUCACUAUGUCGGAAACGGCGCCUGUCGCAGCUCCUGCUGUCUCCGGUCCUGGGGCAAAAACUUCUACUAAAAAACCGAAGAAGGCGGCAGGAGGCUCUAAAGCCCGCAAGCCUCCAGGUCCCAGCGUGACCGAGCUGAUCACCAAGGCGGUGUCCGCUUCCAAGGAGCGCAAAGGGGUCUCGCUGGCCGCUCUUAAGAAGGCUCUGGCCGCCGGAGGGUACGAUGUGGAAAAAAGCAACAGCCGCAUCAAGCUCGGGCUCAAGAGCCUGGUGAGCAAGGGCACCUUGGUGCAGACCAAGGGUACUGGCGCAUCCGGUUCUUUUAAACUCAACAAGAAUCCGGAUGAGACUAAGGAAAAGGCGUCCAAGAAAAAACCAGCGGCAAAGCCUAAGAAACCAGCUGCCAAGAAACCCAAAAAGGCUGCGGCCGUGAAAAAGAGCCCGAAAAAAGUCAAGAAGCCAGCAGCUGCCGCGGCCAAGAAGUCAGCCAAGAGCCCGAAAAAGGUGAAAGCUGCCGCCAAGCCUAAGAAGGCAGCCAAGAGCCCGGCUAAGGCCAAAGCGGUGAAGCCCAAGGCGGCCAAGCCCAAGCCGACGAAGCCCAAAGCAACGAAGGCUAAGAAGGCAGCGCUCAAGAAGAAGUAAAAGGCUGGAGAGAGUUUUAGAAGGAAAACCCCUGUGAUGGUAUCAAAGAUGGUAAUAAAUGUCCUUUUGGGGAGAAGAGAA